AUGACCGCCGUGGAUGCGAUCUACGCCAUAGGACAAGCAAUUCCUUCUUUCCUUAUCUUUGCAAUGAAAUCUUUGCUUGAAGAAUAUGCUUUUGCCGAUAUAGAUGAAGAUAUUAUCCUUACACAUACGGAAACAGGAUUUAAUAACAGUCAGAGAGCUCUCCAGUGGCUACAACACUUCAAUAUAUACUCCUUCACAAAAAGCAGCGAUUCCGAUGACUUUAUGAUUGAGCAGUGGUUUGGGUACGGUCCCAAGAUCACAAGGGAAACUUGGUCGCAAGAGAUCGCCUUCAGGGCCUCCAAAAAUUCCGAAAAAAAUCUCCCAGUUAAGAGAAGGCUUCUUAUGGAUGGUUUCUCAGCUCAUGAGGAUCGCCCGUUUAUUUAUCAUACAAGUCAUCUCCUUCAGCCUCUUGAUGUUGGGGUCUAUAAGCAUGUCAAGCGCGCACAACGAAGUGCUUUAUAUGACUUUAUUGGAGGCGGCGGACUUCAAUUAUCGAGAUUUCAGUUCCUGG